ACCGGUCAGCCCAGCCAGGGCAAAAUGCCUGUUUGCGGACCCAGCCCUGGCGUCUUUUAAUGACAAGUUGAAUAACUCACACUUGUCUGUAAUUAAGCUUCUCUGUAGCGUAUAUUUUUCUAACAAAUAAAUCAGUGAACAGAGAGGACGCAGAAGCCUUUUGAUGCUAACAUGCAGUUUCCUUGUACGGCUGUUUUGCAGUGUUAAUCUAAUCUAGGCAUUCGGUAUUUAGGAAACACGAAUACUACAUGAUAAAUGAGGCAAAGUGAAUUGCCAAAUUUAUAAAUAUACAAAGUCCACGAUGAUAAAAACAGUGACCUACGGAACGUAGAACAUUAUACACACAGUGGCAGAGUAUGAACAACAAACUGUACUGUGGGCAUACCACCGAGAUCCUGAGGCUGCUGGGGAGCUUGUCCAAUGCCUACUCACCUAGACAUUAUGUCAUUGCUGACACUGAUGGAAUGAGCACCAAUAAAAUAGAUUCUUUUGAACUAGAUCGGGCUAAUAGAGACCCUGGUGACAUGUCUACCAAAUACUACAUUCACCGAAUUCCAAGAAGCCGUGAGGUUCAGCAGUCCUGGCUCUCCACGGUGCUCACCACCUUGCGUGCCAUGUGGCUCUCCUUUCCCCUGAUUCUCCGUGUGAAGCCAGAUCUGGUGUUGUGUAACGGACCAGGAACAUGUGUUCCUAUCUGUGUAUCUGCCCUUCUCCUUGGGAUACUAGGAAUAAAGAAAGUGAUCAUUGUCUAUGUUGAAAGCAUCUGCCGUGUAGAAACGUUAUCGAUGUCCGGAAAGAUUCUGUUUCAUCUCUCAGAUUACUUCAUUGUUCAGUGGCCAGCUCUUAAGGAGAAGUAUCCCAAAUCUGUGUACCUCGGGCGAAUUGUUUGACAAAUGGCAAUUUACUUUAGAAUUUUGUAGUCAACAAUAAUACUUACUAUAAUUGAAUAAAAAAAAACUGUACAUGAUUUUGUAAAAGUCUCUGAAAGUCCUGAAAAUUACUGAUGAUAAGGAGAAAAAAAAUGUGCAAAUGACUCAGUGAAGAGACAGAGGGUUCUCUUAUAAAAUAAACAUUAAUAAGCAGUAACCAUUAAA